GAAACGGGUCAGAACUUCAAUUGAUAUUUAAAAAGUGGUACUCUCUGGAGAUUAUAGAUUACAUCAUGGAAACAGGAAAUACUGAAAAUUUCCUGUCAUUUUAAAAUGCAGAAGCAAAAUCCUUCGUUUUUCAAGAUCUUAGUAGGCGAUUUUGCCUCUGCUCUGCGUUUACCACCGCUCUUUGUGGAGGUUUUUGGGGGAAAGCUGCCGCCGACGCUGUCACUCGAAGUGAACGCCGCCGCGGCGCCGGAGAAAAAAUGGGCCGUAAAGCUUGAGAAGAGCGGCGAGCAUUCCCUGUUUGGGGAAGGAUGGGGUGCAUUUGUGAAGGAUAACGAUUUGGCGGCCGGAGAUUUCGCAGUAUUCUGGCUGAUGGAUAACUACUCUACUUUCCAAGUUCGACUCUACGACUACACUUGCUGCGAAAAGCAACUAUCAUCUUCCCGAUUCUCCCCUGCAGGUGUAAGAUCAACUAAUGUUGAUCGCAAUGUAAGGGAGAAGAGAGGAGAGGAGAUGGAUGAAUCCACUAAGUCAGUCGCCCUUCCACCCCGCGAUAAGAAUGUGGCCAUAACAAGGACUUGUGAUAGUGGACUGUUGCAGAAGUUAGAAAAGCUUCGUGUGAACUGCUAUUGCAAUUUGAGUGAAGUAGCUAAGCGAAUAAAGGUCCAACUCAAUCAACAAGAAAUAGAACAAUUCAGAGACACUGUUUUCGGAUGGAUUCUAGACAUAGAACAUAUGCCAAGAAUAAGUGGGCAAUUAAGCAUAGCCUUUGUAGCGAAUUACAUCGAAGAGUUCAAUGGGACAACUGAAAAAACUAUAAUAAGGUUUCACAUAGGCAAUAGCGUGAUUGGUUUUACAAAGGAUGAUUUAGCAAUAGUGACUGGCUUGAACAUAGGGAGAGAAUUCCCUAAUAUUCUUGAUGUCCCAGGAGGGGAUUUGUGUCGAAGAUACUUCGGUAGUAAGAAAAUAAUACUUAGACAAGAUAUUAUUCAAGCAAUGGAGGAGUACAAUUCUGAAUAUCCUAGGACACAAAAAGAAGAUGGAAUUAAACUAGCAUUAUUGUAUGUGCUAGCACAUGGUUUUCUAGGAAAUCAGUACUCACAUCGUUUACCGGGAAAAUAUAUAAACUUAGUAGAAAAUCUAGAUACUUUCAAUUCUUACCCUUGGGGAGAGGAUGUUUGGGAUGACCUUGUAACCAAUAUGAAAAAUAAUGCGCAAGCAUUGAAAAUCUGCACAGGAAAAAGGGUUGCUUUCCCAGGUUGUAUGCAUGCUAUACAAAUUUGGGCAUUUGAAACAUUUCCAAGUUUGGCUAGUGCAGGAUUGUGCAAUAAAAUAGAAGGGAAAGAAGAUCAAAUACCCCGAACUCUAAGAUGGUCUUUUUUCAAAAAGCCAUCAAUAGAAAAGUUCUGUGAGCUCAUCUUCCAUAAUAUCGAGUUUGAGUGGAUAAGAAUGGUUCCAAGUGCAGAGGAGAUAAAAUGCAUAGAAGGGCUUCGUGGAAGGGAAGGAAAUGAAGCAUUCCAGGACUUAAGAAUUGAUCUAGACAGAGCACAAGCAAAACAGAAGAAAAAGAAUGCAGAAAAACAAAAAGGAAAGAAGAAAGAAACAGAAAGUGUUUUAGAUGGCAGAUGCAACAGAAAAAGUGCAAGGAAUAAGAAAUGUGCAAGCGAAAAGAACAAAGGAGAUUGUAGUAAGCGCGUAUUGAGGAAAAAAGGGGAAAAUGCGGAUGAUAUUGAAGAUUCUAGUUCCCAUGAAAGUGAAGAUGCGGCAAGGCCAGGAAAAAAUAUAGUGAUCAAGACACUAGCCAAACACUCCAAAGACACCGCCAAAAUACUUGGAGAGGUAAAAGAAAUACAAAAAAUGCAAAACAAACAGGAUGCAGUUUUAAAAAAGAUUCUAUCUCUUGUAAAGGAAAUAUCAAACAAGAAAAGAAGGAAGCGGAUCGCAUUGAAGAGAAAGAGCAAGGAAGAGAAGUAAGCCAUGAUACAUGUUUGAUGAAAGAUGUGAAGGAUAUGGAGCAUGAAACGAUGAAAGAUAUGAAUGACGAGAUGCAUCAUAUUGGUGAGAAUUGUGAUCAUUUGGACACAACUCAAAUUGUAGAAAAGGAAGUAAAAUGGACAGACGAAAGAAGAAGCCAUGACUAGGAAUAAG